UGUAGAGAGAGGAUUGUUCUCGUUGUUAGUCUCGUGCGCUUUGCCCAUUUCGUGCUAGCUUUCGCAUUACGUGCUACCGGUUUUCGGUCCAAUCACGGUGCUCUCGGUGUGGUGUUCUCUCGGGCUCGUGACACGCUCGGUACUAGAAAAGUUUCUACUGCGAAAGGGAAAGACGAGUGCAUGCCAGUGUGUUAGUAAACUUAACCUCAAAGUGGCGGCGGGCCACUGUUAGAUCGUAAACAACUAAGUGCUGUGUGUCUGUGAGAUGGUGUUUCUACAUUAAGGAAGUGAAACCGUGAAUAAGGGGAGAGAGGAGACCUAACGGUUUCUGUUGUUUGGUUCCGUUUCCGGAUGAGAAGAGGAGCCUCCUUCGAAUAUUCUUACGGCGAUUGUCGUUCUGUUUUACCGACGGAUAAAGGGCACGCCACGCUCUUCGUGCUAAACGAGAUUCUUCGUGGCGUCGGCGUCACGUCUAACCUCAAUGAACGUAGAGGACGGUCGGGAUAAUUAGUUAUGCGAAUUAUUGUCGUUCGCGAACGGUAAAAUUUCUCGCGUUACGAAUGGGAAUGCAGUAGUAGUGGCGAAUGGCAAAGCAUACCGAUGGAUCAUUCUUGUGUAUCCGAGGCUGGGACCUUCUCGAUCGAAUUGCAUCGACAGAAUCGCGGACAGAGCCGUCCUAAGGAUCGCUCGCCUUCGUAGCCCGCGACAGUGAUUUGAAAUUACGCUGUUUUUAUUGUUUUAUCGUUGUUUGUUAUUAUUUGUUAUCAUACGGUGUGGCACGUGUGAUGAAGCGUAGCGCUUGCGUGUGAUUUGAGAACUUAUACGACGGAUGUUUUUAUUUUUCGACCAGUUUGAAACUAGAGAGGAAAUAUGUAUCCCAGUGCUGGAAUCAACGCUGCUGCUGUAGCUGCCGCUGCCGCUAGGCAUCCGGGUCCACCGCAACCCGGGCAGCAAUAUAAAUUAUCGAUCGGGGAGUUGUGCGAUCGUAUCAAGGAGGACUUCACCUUUCUUCAGUCGCAGUAUCACAGUAUUAAAUUGGAGUUGGAGAAACUUGCUCAAGAGAAGACAGAGAUGCAACGCCACUACGUUAUGUACUACGAGAUGUCCUACGGGCUGAACGUGGAAAUGCAUAAACAGACAGAGAUAGCGAAGAGGUUAAAUGCCAUAAUUGCUCAGAUCCUGCCGUUUCUCUCCCAGGAACAUCAACAACAAGUCGCUACUGCUGUUGACAGAGCCAAACAAGUGACCAUGACCGAGCUCAACGCUAUUAUCGGGCAACAAAGGCCAGACCUGCCCAGAUUGUUGCAGCAAGUACAUGCUCAGCAGCUGCCACCGAGUGCCGCGAUGGGUCCGCACCCAGGUAUAGCCGGACUCCCUGGUCUCGGUCCAGGAGCGGGACUUCCCGUACCUACGUCGGCAUCAGCAGCCCUUCUCGGAUUAGGCAUCCCACCGGGUGCGGCUGGUUCCGCCGGCGGUACAGCUGCUCACCCCCUGUCGAUGUUGACGAAACCAGACCUCCACCGGGGUCAGCCCGAUGACCUGAAGCACAACGGGGGUCUUAAUCCAGCUGAGGAGAGGCAUAGAAAUUCGAUAUCGCCAGCAGAACGUGAAAAAUAUAGUAGGCCGCGAUCACCUGAUCCUCAGCACCACGACCACCUACCGUUGAAGAAGAUGAAGAAAGAACAGGAUAAGGACAUAGGCCAUCAAAGUGAUGGUGAAAAGAGUGACCAGGAUUUGGUGGUCGAUGACGCGAGCGAGGGGCCGACAAGUCCGACAGCGAACGGUACCUCGUCACCGAGAGAGAACGGUCUAGAUAAAUUAGGUCCAUCUUCGGUGCCUUUAAGCAGCCAGGUGAAGAAAGAAGUACCACCUCCGUCGCCAAGAAGCGGCACUAGUAGCAAUGCAAGUACCCCGUCAGCCAAGAAAAUGGAGGAUCGAGAAAAACCGACGACACCAAUCUCGAAACCCGUCACGCCUACAUCAGCGGGUGGUAGCAGCUCCGGUUCCGGUGGUCUGAAACCAUCGAGUUCCAGUAAACCGCUGGUCUCGGCUUCGGCGGUCGGCCCUUAUCCGCCACACUAUCCGCCGCCGCAUCAUCCGCCCGCAGGACCUCAUGUGGACAUGCUCGGUUAUCCUCCCGCCUUGAAUGGAUAUCCCGCAAGACCUCCUCUUCAGCAACUCUAUGACCCUCACGGAAGCAUGAGGGCACCUCUUGGACCUCUCGGUGUACCCGGUGGCAAACCAGCAUACAGUUUCCACGUAUCUAGCGAGGGCCAAAUGCUACCGGUUCCGUUCCCGCAGGACGCUCUAAUUGGACAAGGAAUACCGCGUCAUGCACGACAGAUAAAUACCCUAACACACGGCGAAGUAGUAUGUGCGGUAACGAUCUCGAAUCCGACUAAAUACGUUUACACUGGUGGCAAAGGAUGCGUCAAGGUCUGGGACAUCAAUCAGGGCGGCAGCGGUAGCGCGAAACACGUAUCGCAGCUUGAUUGCCUGCAACGGGACAACUACAUCAGGUCGGUGAAAUUGUUGCCGGACGGGCGAACUCUAAUCGUGGGCGGUGAAGCGAGUAACCUAAGCAUCUGGGAUUUGGCGAGUCCGACGCCGAGGAUCAAAGCGGAACUGACCUCGAAUGCGCCAGCCUGCUACGCUCUAGCUAUCUCGCCUGACUCGAAAGUUUGCUUCAGCUGCUGCAGUGAUGGUAACAUCGCCGUUUGGGAUCUCCAGAAUCAGUCUCUGGUCAGACAGUUUCAAGGUCACACGGAUGGCGCGUCAUGCAUCGAUAUCUCCGCGGACGGAUCGAAACUGUGGACUGGAGGAUUGGACAACACAGUGCGCUCGUGGGACCUCAGGGAAGGCAGACAACUCCAGCAACACGACUUCACCUCACAGAUAUUCUCGCUCGGUUACUGUCCCACGGGAGAGUGGCUGGCUGUGGGAAUGGAGAACUCGAACGUCGAGGUGCUACACGCCACGAAACCGGACAAGUAUCAACUUCAUUUGCACGAGUCUUGCGUACUUUCGUUACGUUUUGCUACUUGCGGCAAAUGGUUCGUUUCAACCGGCAAGGAUAAUUUGCUGAACGCGUGGCGUACACCGUAUGGUGCCUCGAUAUUCCAGUCAAAGGAAUCCUCUUCGGUGCUCAGUUGCGAUAUCUCCACUGACGACAAAUAUAUCGUGACUGGAUCGGGUGACAAGAAGGCCACUGUGUACGAAGUGAUAUAUUGAACAAUGAAAUAACCGAUACACUUUUAACACUUGAUAUUGUCGAACGUGCUACGCUUGGUGCAUACGAGGAACGAAAAACAGUUUUAGAAAUGAAAGGGAGCCUGUUCGAAAAAUACGCACGAAAAAACAACGGAACGAGUCCUGCAAGAGAGAAAUGGUCUUUUUUCGUGUAUCGACAAAGUGGCGUGUGUUAUAUUUGUUAAAUUUGAAUCACGCGCGGUGGCUUUUCCUCGUUGCACGAAAGGAGAUCGGAGGUGGAAGUGCAAGCCAAGAGAACUAAGGUUUCAUUAGAUAAAUAUAAAUAUAUAUAAAGGUGACAGAACAUUUUAGAUAUUUAAGAUUGUAUAGAGCGCAUGAUUAUAAAUAGACAGAGGACAAUUGUGUCGAAAAUUAAUAAAAACUCUGUACGUGAUCCGUGUUCGACUUCGAGAUACGAAGUCACUUGUGUAAUAUGUUACUGAUGUAAUAUAGAAUUUUACGAUAAAAGUAUCAUUACGUGCGAUUGUGUGUGUCUGUGUGAGAGAGAAGUGAAAAUUGAAACGUUGUUUCUGCAUUGUCACCACGUGUGAUUUCCUCGUGCUUUAUUAUGGUCGAAAGAACGAAUCCCAAAUGCUCGGGACGAGAGAAAAAGGGUUACUUGUAUGGAACACACUAUGAUCUAGUAUAUAGACCAGCCGACGUAGGAAUGUGUGUCGCAGAAUUCUACAUUAAUAUAUGGAACACACGAACACGUAGUAAGGACGAACGUCUUAAUCCGAAGGAGUAGAAGACAUAGGUCUGUAUUGAAACGAUGUAAUUUCCAUCGCAUUAAGAUAUAUAAGGGGAACUGGGUUUCUGCGUGAAAUACCUUCGAUAUUUCCAUUACGAAAGAAAAAGUAUUUAAAAAGUGAAAAAAAUACCGUACCACAAAAUUUGUUCACAUGUAGAACAUUCAGUUCCCGAUCUUUCGUUUUUUCGUUGCUGUUUUAUAUGCCGGUACUGUAUAGGUACCACUUGUGACUAUUUGUUCCGCGGUAAUUGCGACGAGAUUGUAAAAGGCACGAAUGGAGGAAAGAGAAUAAUAGUAAAUUCGAUCGAUCUCUGAAUUCAUUUUCUGUAGUAAUCGCGCGUAGAAACGGAUGAGAGAAAGAGACAAAAAGAGAUUGAAGCUUCUUUCCAUAGCAUCAUAAUUGUUAAUAGCGAAUAUAAUAUCUCCAUUAAUGAGGCACAAAACUUUAGUACAUCGUGUCUUAUUCGCAACUCAAACCGAGCAUCGAUUAAUUAUCGAAAAUUAUUUAAUGAACAAAUUUAAUCAGGCUUUACGAUUGGGAGUGUUUAUUAAAACGAAACGGAACUUGAUAAUUUUUUCGAUUUGCAAACAUAAUACGUAAUCACGUAUUUACAUUUUCGAAUCUCUAUCCUAAUAAUGUUUGUGGCGAACAAUGUACAAUGUAUCUUUAAAUACUGUACCACGUUCAUGGAAAGAUUAUAAUUCGACGAGAAACUCGAUUAAGCAAUCGAUGCAUGGUGAGAAACAUGGAUUCCAGAGAAGCGGAUACUCGUGAACAAAUAAUACCAUAACUGCCAUUAACCGGCAAAAGCGUUAUUAUUCGAUAGAAGCACACAGGCUACUUACUUGCUGCUAGGCACGUUUUAUUCGCGAGAUGUUCAUGCGAGAAUAUUUUUGUGACUAUACCCCCACGACGAUCGAUUAGAUUUAAUUUUAUUAUUAACGAUUCGAUUAAACACAAAUGUGUGUUAUCACUGAAUCUUAAUAUGCGAAGAAAGAAAUGACAUUGCGCGAAGUACACGCGGUUAACGAAUUCUCCAAUUGUCUGUGGAUGACGGCGUAUGAAAUUAGUAGGAUAUUUACAAAGCGCGUUCUUAUUCGGAUCUUGAAACGGUGAAAGCAGGGGAUGCAUAAUGGAGAUUUAUAUUUUGUUACAGGAAGAACAAUACAUCUUUUACAUUUGCUGUGAUCGUCGUAGAAUCGAUACUAUUAUACUGCCGCAAGAUCACAAAAAUAUAAAGUUUUAAUAAAUUGUAUGCCGCAACAAUGAAUUAAAAGUGUGUAUGCAAAAAAGUGGGGAAAGAUACGCGAAAGAGCAAACAGAUUUCCGACGAGCACAGCUUUGAUGAUAGACCAAUAGAAACAACGAUACCUCAAGAAGACUCAAUAGUUAAUUAUCUCUUUAACGGAUUAACUUGUACAGAAUCGAUAUUCUUUUACAGUGAAUAAUUACGCAUACCCGCAUACUGUUGCAUACACGCAUACAUACACAUACAUACACAUACAUAUACAAGACAGACAGACGCAUUAGGAAGAGCGAAAUCGUGAUUUUGGCUUCUAUAAAGUGAAUGCCAGAACAACUUUUUGUCCCGCGUUUCAAUUAAAUUAUGUCUCCGUUUACACCCCGUGUGUACGAAAGCGAUAUGAGAAUAUAUGCGUUACCCAGCCAGAACAACAAAAACAAAAGACAAGCGUUAAUCCUUUUUAAGCACAGUUCAUGUUGUUCCUAUAGCUACGCGAAAAUUGUUUCUUUCAACAAUUAAAUCAUCUAUAUCUAUAUA